AUGGUCAUGGCGGCCGCCGAGGAGGGGGACGCGGUGGCCGAGCGCGGCCCCGGCGCGGUUUACCACAUGUUCGUCAUGAUGGAGGACUUGCUGGAGAAGCUGAAGCUGCUCAAUUACGAGGAGUCGGCGCUGCGGAGCCACAACAUGAGGCCGCCUUCCAGGCACUACUUUGCAUUGCCCACUAACCCAGGUGAACAGUUCUACAUGUUCUGCACUCUAGCUGCUUGGCUGAUUAAUAAAGCAGGACAUCCCUUUGAACAGCCACAAGAAUAUGAUGAUCCAAAUGCAACCAUAUCCAGCAUACUCUCAGAGCUACGAUCCUUUGGGAGAUCUGUGGAUUUUCCUCCUUCAAAGUUAAAGGCAGGUUAUGGAGAGCAAGCUUGUUAUGUUCUUGAUUGUUUAGCUGAAGAAGCCUUGAAACGCACAUCCUAUAACUGGAAAAGGCCAGUAUAUCCAGCGGAAGAGCUAGAAGAAGAAGCAAUAACAGAAGAUGAUGCUGAACUGACCCUUAAUAAAGUGGAAGAAGAAAUUGCGGAAGAAGAGACAGACAAUGAAGAUAACUACAUUGAUCUGAAUGUUUUAAAGGCACAAACUUACAAAUCAGAUAUGAAUGAAUUAAAACAAGAAGAGAUUUUAGAAUCCACCGUAGAUGCAGCCGAGUGGAACCUCGAAGUGGAACGAGUCCUUCCUCAAUUGAAAGUAACAAUCAGAACUGAUAAUAAGGAUUGGAGAAUCCAUGUAGAUCAAAUGCACCAGCACAACGAUGGAAUUGACUCUGCUUUAAAAGAGGCCAAAGGCUACCAUGACAAGCUUCAUAAUGAAAUCAGCAGAACCCUGGAAAAGGUUGGCAGCCGGGAAAAGUACAUCAACAACCAGCUGGAGCAUUUAGUUCAAGAGUAUCGUUCUGCCCAGGCCCUUUUGAGUGAGGCCAAAGAAAAAUAUCAACAAGGAAGCGGAGGAGUAACAGAUAGGACCAGACUUCUCUCAGAGAUUACUGAAGAGCUGGAGAAAGUAAAGCAGGAAAUGGAAGAGAAAGGAAGCAGUAUGACUGACGGAGCUCCUUUAGUAAAGAUUAAACAAGCUUUAACAAAACUGAAGCAAGAAACCAUUCAGAUGGACAUACGGAUUGGCGUAGUGGAACACACAUUACUUCAGUCAAAGCUGAAAGAAAAAUCAAAUAUGACUAGAGAUAUGCAUGCUACUAUUAUUCCAGAUUCCUCAAUUGUCGGAACCUAUUAAAUGUACUUAACGCUAUUCUU